UUCUGUGGUGAUACUCACUCCUGAGCGUCAACCAUGAGAUUCACAGCUCUUCUCCUUCUGGUAGCUCUGGCUGGGGCCCUGGUCGUUGCCCAAGAUGCCACCGCUGGUCCUGCACAAGCUGCUGAGGACCCUGAAAGCUUGCAAUCUGAUGCACCCCAAGAGACAACCAUAGCAGCGCAGACUCCGGCGGCCGCCCAGGAGACUCCGGCUGCAGCCCAGGAGCCAACCACCAAGCAAAGAAAAAAUCCUCUGGAAUCCGUGAUAGAGAAAGGUAGAUCGGACCAAAAAAAUGUGAUUGAAAGAGAAAAAAAGAAGGUGGAUGACAGAAUUCAAAAGGCUAAAGGCCCUCAGGGUGCAAUGCUGCGAAGAGAUUGGAUCUAG